CCCGGCCCUCCCCGGCCCGAUUAGGCCGGGCUUUGGGGCUAAUUCCCAACACCUGACCGGCUUAGGCUGCUGAGCCCAUUAUCAGCUUAGCAGCAAAGACAUCUGCUGCUCGGGGGCAGCGCCGGCCCGCAGCCUCUGCGCUGCCUCCAUGGGGCUCUGAGCGGCCCCGGCGCCCCGUUCCAGGGCACGAUGGCUCAGGACAUGACCGAGAAGGAGCUGCUGAAGAUGGAGCUGGACCAGCUGAAGAAGGAGGUGAAGAAUGAGAGGCAGAUGGUGUCCAAGACGGGCAAGGAGAUGAAGGAGUACAUGGAGUCGAUGGCGGGCGAGGACCCGCUGCUCAAGGGCGUCCCCGAGGACAAGAACCCCUUCAAGGAGAAGGGCGGCUGCGCCAUCAGCUGA